UCCGAAAAGAACAGGCUGGAACGGGCUGCCCGCCCCGCGGGGCUUAGUAGAAGGAGGCCGUGCGCUCCGCGAGUCCUCUAUCCCCGAGCUCCCUGGGUCAGAGCGCAUCACCCCACCGAGAUGUUAGCCUUGCCCGGAGAGGCCAGGGCUCCAGUUGAACAGGCUUUCCCAGAUAUGGCCCAUCACCAUAAGCUUCCAGCAGAAACAUGCGCAAUCUUUGGAAGAAGUACUGGGCUUAGGUGUUGGAGACCUAGGUUGUCCUGGCUGGAAAGGAAUGCAGACCUUUGUGUUUGUGGCAGAACGCGCUCAUGACUUUGGGCAUAAGGUUUUAGGAAGCAGUGCAUGAGGAACUUUAAAAGUACUGGGUGUGUCACGUGACUCCAGUGAGCCUCAGUUUUCAUAUCCAUAAAAUGGCAAUGGUAAUUAUAUACCGGCCUCCUAGUGUCUAGUGCAAUCUCCGGAGCCUAUCUCCGGGAAAAUUAAAGAAUGAAACUUGCUGGUUCUAAGCGUCCUACCAGUUUAGAGUGUGACUUGGCGAGGGACUUCUUUCAAACGGAUAUUGGCAAAUAGCUAGAGGAAUAAUUGACUCCUGAUUUUACUUGGUUUGAUCGAAAAUUAAGUGUGGGUUGCAUCUCCUGUGGCCACUGAGGCCAGGGAUUAAAAGAGGAAGAGGUGGAUUCAGUACUUUUCUGUUCUCUGCCUCCUUUGUGCAUGCAAGUGGGGAGGCCGGUGAAGAAAAAAAAAUGAAUUUACCCUAGGACAGAAGAGAUUGGGUGUGCGUGUUUCUGUGACUUCUUUGGGUUUAGUGAAUCUAGUGUUGGAGAUACAUGUGCAGUCAGAAAGUACUCCUUCCUGGGGCUGUUCAGAAGCGUAACUUGAACUGAACUUCCCCGGGUAAAGUAUGCGGAGUUGGGAGUCGAGAGGAGCCUUCCUUUUCCCCUGGCCUCCUGGUGAUGAAGCAAGCGUUAGGUGCCCCCUUGUGCCAAAGUUUAGAAGUCUGAGGAAGCUCAGACGUGGCGAGAGGAUGUGGCUCCUGGACCCAUCCCAGAAAGAGGUGCUGAAAUUUGCAGUCAGCUGCCGCAUCCUGACCCUAACGCUACAGGCACUCUUCAAUGUCAUCAUCCCAGAUCACCAUGCUGAUGCCUUUUCUCCUCCCCGCCUGGCCCCCUCGGGCUCUGUGGACCAGCUUGUGGAAGUUCUCCUGGGUGGUCUGUCUCGAUGGGAUGCAGAACACUUCAUGUUUAUUGCUGAGCACGGCUACCUUUAUGAGCACAACUUUGCCUUCUUCCCUGGUUUCCCCUUGGCUCUGCUGAUGGGAACUGAACUCCUGAGACCUUUGCAGGGCCUCUUGAGCCAGCGCAGUUGCCUGCUGGUCUCAGUAGCACUUCUCAACUUCCUGUUCUCUGUGCUGGCUGCACUCACACUUCAUGAUUUGGGUUGUCUGGUUUUGCACUGUCCUCGCCAGGCCUUUUAUGCAGCCAUGCUCUUCUGCCUCAGCCCCGCCAAUGUUUUCUUGGCAGCUGGUUACUCAGAAGCUUUGUUUGCCUUCCUGACUUUCAGCGCCAUGGGGCAGCUGGAGAGGGGCCGGAGCUGGGCAAGUGGGCUGCUCUUUGCUCUUGCCACUGGGGUGCGCUCCAAUGGGCUGGUCAGUGUCGGCUUCCUCCUGCAUUCUCAGUGCAGAGGCUUUUUCUCUUCUCUUGUGGCGCUGAACCCCCUGAAACAGCUCGUCAAGCUGAUGGCCUCUCUCUGCCUGUCUGCACUCACUGUCAGCCUUCCCUUUGCUCUCUUUCAGUAUUAUGCUUACACCCAGUUCUGCCUACCAGGUUCUGCCCACUCCAUUCCUGAGCCUCUGGUACAGUUGGCUGUGGACAAAGGCUACCGGAUUACAGGAGAAAAUGAGCCCCCAUGGUGCUCCUGGGAGCUUCCCCUAAUAUACAGCUAUAUCCAGGAUGUCUACUGGAAUGUCGGCCUUCUGCGAUACUAUGAGCUCAGGCAGGUGCCCAAUUUUCUACUAGCUACACCAGUAACUGUACUGGUUGUGUGGGCAACCUGGACAUAUGUGACCACCCACCCUCAGCUCUGCCUUACACUUGGGCUGCAAAGAUGCAAGACCCUAGAGAAGUCCCAUCCUGGCUUCCUCAGUCCAAAGGUGUUUGUGUACCUGGUCCACGCUGCAGUGCUGCUGCUCUUUGGAGGGCUGUGCAUGCAUGUUCAGGUUCUCACACGAUUUUUGGGCUCUUCCACUCCUAUUGUAUACUGGUUUCCAGCUCACUUGCUUCAGAAUCAAGAGCCACUGUUGAGAUCUGUGAACACAGUACCUGAGGAAAACGCCCCACCAGGAAUAAAGGCCCCCAGAAACUGUAUCAUGAAACUCUUGUACAACUGGAAGGCCUGUUCUCCAGUCACAAGAUGUAUCCUAGGCUAUUUCCUGACUUACUGGCUCCUGGGACUACUCCUCCAUUGCAACUUCCUGCCUUGGACUUGACCUGGAGUCUCAAGGGACAAGCUGGAAGCUGGUUUAACCCAGGGGCUGAAAGCUUCGAAACACACUGGCUGGACUGCCUGCACACCUAGAGCAUAUCCCUUAGGAUGUGCCCUGGCCCUGGGGCCACGCAGGAGUGGAGAGUGUGGGCACAGGAGCCAGCCCCUUCUUGUCCAGGGUGGAACAAGUUUAGAGAAGCAUUCUCUCUGCUGAGUGGAGCCGCCUCAAGUCUUCCCGGUCAGCAGCAUCAAACAAUCUUAACCCUCCUACUGACCCAUGUGGAAGGUUUUUGUUUUUGUUUUUUGAGACAGGGUUUCUUUGUGUAGACCUGGCUGUCCAGGAACUCGCACCAGGCUGGCCUCUAACUCUGCCUACGUCUGGCUGCCCGUGUGUAAAUUUAAAUGUUUAAAUGUAGGCUAGCUACAGCGUGGUCCACCCAAGAUGAUGGGGACAGUAUAGCAAAGGAAAAAGGAACCACCUGCUCUAAGUGAGACCUUUCUAAAGUUUUCUUUAUGAUGUGUGCAUUUAUAUAAAACAAUCCUACUCACUAUGAAAAUUUAAAAACUUGUAUUUGCAAUGAAUUACCUUUUAUUCGGGGGGGAGGGGCUGAUCAUUGGAGUUGAGACAGGGCCCCCCUGUGUAUGUAGCUCAGGCUGGUCUGAGAUCCACCUGUCUGCCUCCUGAGUGCGGGUACUAAAGGUGUGUGCCAAGGCUCUGCUAAGUUACUUUUUAUAAAUUAUAGGGGCUUGGCUAGAACUCAGUAAUAAAGCAUGUGAAGCCCCAAUUUCAAUAAUAAAUGAUUUGGAGCAGAGCACAGGAUCUGAACCCUGGAUCCUAAUCCUCAUGUUCCGACUAUGUCAUCCUAAACUA